AUGGACAUAUUAAACAGAUUUAGGCAGCGAGUACAGGAGAAUCUAGCUGAGUCUACGAGAGAUAUCGAAUUUGGUUCAAAUAUACGUAUAGCAGAUACACCGAGCGACAAACUCACAGAUAUCGUUCCAAAGUUAUCGUCUAAUAAAGAUAUAGAAGUUAUAGAUGCACUCAAGCGAGUUCUUGUUUUGUUAUCUCAUAGUAGAGAUCUCUCGACGCUCUUCCCGUCGAUUAUCAAGCUCAUAUCAUCCCGGAAUUUUCAGAUAAAGAUCCUUGCGUAUGUUUAUCUGACGAGAUACGCAAAGAUAUGUCCAGAUUUGGCCAUGUUAAGCGUCAAUACGUUUCAGAAAGACUCAAGUCAUGUUUCACCACUCGUACGAGCCCAAUCUAUACGUGUACUCUCGAGCAUAAGCUCUGAGGAUGUGGCACCAGUUUGCUUAUUAUGUGUCAAGCGGGCUGCGAAAGAUGCUAACCCGUAUGUACGCAAAGCGGCUGCUUUGGCCAUACCAAAAUGCUAUGAAUUGGAUGAAUCGAGUUACGAGGAUUUGAGGGAACUAGCAUUGGAUUUGAUGACUUCAUCUUCGUCAAUACCAAUCGGCUCGGCUAUCUACGCGUUCAACAAGAUACAUCCAGAAGUUGAGAACCUCAAUGAUAGUAUGUUUGCAUUGCAUCCGGUAUUUAGGCAUCUUGUUAGACAGCUAGUCGAGUGCGAAGAAUGGUCCCAGUUAGUUAUCAUAGAUUUGUUGACUCGGUAUAGCAGAAUGUUUUUGCCAAAACCGGAGGGUGAUGAAUCGAUAGACAAAGACCUCGACGACUUCCUCAGAAUCUGUCAAUAUCUCCUAGGAAGCCAAAACAUUGCAGUCACUGCUAAAGCAUCCAAGACUAUUUUGCUGUUGGGUACACCUUCCUAUAAGAAGAAGGCGUUGCGUUCUCUUCUCCGUUCGAGGAAAGAUUCACCUGAAAUGGCAAUGUACGUUCUGCUCACGAUGGCACACAUCUCAGAAUCAGAUCCAGAAUCGAUAGCUCCGUUUUUGACUUGCUUUUUUAUUGUCAAGGAUGAAACACUAUCGAUUAAAGUUAUAAAAUUGAACAUCAUUAGAAAUAUAAUGACUUAUCUAAAUGAGUCUCAGUUAAUCGCACUGGCUAAAGAACUAAAAUGUCACAUGCUAGAUCCUGAUACUACAUUCGCCGCUCAAGUGAUUGACACCAUUGGGUAUUUGACCCAUACAACAGAGAAGGCCUCAGAGUUUGCUUUUAAAGUACUCGCUUCCUCUUCGGUAUCUUCUAACAAGGUAUUGAGUCAGAAAUCGAUAAUACAACUGCGAAAUUUCAUGAAUAAUCAUAUUCGCCAGAGCUUUUACUUGCGAAAGCUUCUAAAAAGAAUGUUUGGUGGUAGCAUUGAAGACGACGAUGCAAGGGCUGCUCUGAUAUGGAUAGUUAGCCAGAUAAUAAGUAAUCCACCAGACGAUGAAGUUUACAAUAGCGGUGAAGAUAUUAUCUGGAAGUAUGCUCCGGAUAUUCUCCGCAAAUCUGUCUUGGGAUUUAGUGAAGAAGGUAUUAAGACACAAAUGCAAAUUAUAAAUCUCGCAGCUAAGAUGAUGACAAGCGUUCCAAACGUAUCAGAAGUACAUAUUCUAGCUCGUAAGGUCUUCAUGUUAUCCAACUACAUGGUGGAUGUUGAUUCAACGAACCUGAAACACCUCGAUGCACAAAAUAGACGACAAGCAUUAGUGAACGCAGUUAGAGGCGUUAUUGGUACUGAAGAAUAUUCUACUGAUCAAAUGCCGAGAAUAGUUUUGCGUCGUCUACAAGCUUCGCUAGUUCUGGAUACCUCCACAAAGGAUCCACACACAGUUGAUAAAAUAGCGUCACUCCCUCAGAAAGCAAACCCAGUGAAGAUACAGGAUGAUAUUCUAAUGGAUCUUCUACCAGAAUGGUCGAAAGAUGACUUGCCAAGUGCGGAUGUGAGGAUGGAGACAUACCCAAAGGGUUAUCCAGAGGAGAGCACCUCCACACCUACCGCUAAACCAGGAAUAGAGCCUGUUGUUCCAUUAAAAGACAGCAGCGAGGUCGUUGAAAUCCCAGAGGCUGACGAAGAUAUGCUAGAUGACGAUUUAGAGAAGUUCCUAGAUAGCGACAGUAGUAGUAAUUUAAGUGACAAUUAAUAUUUUU